CGGAGUCGCCCCGACGCGCUGCUAUUAGGUAAUUAGGGUAGGAUCAGUUGCCCUGAAGCGUUCAAGCACACACACGCGGGCGUACAAAAGUCGACAAAAGGCUCUGUCUUUUUCCACCUUCUCCUGCCCCGGUCACGUUAAAUAACGCCCGCACCGUCCCGGCCCCAUGCGCUCGCCUCUGCCUCUCCCUCUGACGGCACGCGCAUCGUAGGGCGCCCAUGUGGUUGGUUUCUCUCUUUCCCUUGCUGCUGCCCUUUCUCUCCGCCAUCACACCACCGCCGCUGCCGCUCUAACCCGUCCCGCCCCCUCUUUUCCGCAUGCAAGACAAAAAGGUCGUUGUCACCAUCAACAGCACCGGCCGGCAAUCGGCAAGCUUCAUUCGCGUUGCCGCAGCCGUAGGAUGGCAUGUCCGCGCCCAGACGCGCGACAAGCAGGGUAUCGUUGCGCAAGAGCUGGAUAGUACCGAGGGCGUCGACCUUUGCGUGGGAUCACUAGAGGAUGAGCACUUUGUAGCGGGUCUCUUCGAUGGCGCUCACCUGGCUUUCAUCAACACGACGCACUGGGGAGAUGAGAUUGCAACUGGACGCGCCAUGGCAAACGCUGCCAAAAAGGCGGGCGUAGAGCACUACAUAUACAGCGGCAUGCCUGACCAUUCCAUCUAUGAGGGCAGAAGCUGGAAAGCGCUGCCCAUGUGGGCCCAGAAGUUCGCCGUGGAAAACUACGUUCGUCAAAUUGGCAUACCAGCGACCUUCGUCUACGCCGGAACCUAUCACAACAACUUCACAAGCUUGCCUUAUCCUCUUUUCCGCAUGGAAUUGUUGGCGGACGGGAGCUUUGAGUGGCAAGCCCCGUUCCACCCGGACAUUCCCAUCCCUUGGUUGGACGCCGAACAUGAUGUCGGCCCUGCAAUCCUGCAGAUCUUCAAACAGGGACCCAGAAAAUGGGCAGGCCAUCGUGUUCCGCUUGCCUUUUCGCGACUAACGCCAGUAGAAGUCUGCGAAGCGUUCAGUCGUGCGUUGUCACGACCAGUCAGAUAUGUUCGCGGGCCAAUCGUUUGUGAAGUGCCGGUCCCGGCUGGCUAUCAGGAGCAUCUGGCCGCUCUUGAAGAGACACUCGGAUGGCAAAACGCUCCGUACUUUGGGCCUGAGCUCGAGGAGAACUGUACAAAGGAAGCCCUUGACUUAUGGGAAGGCUUUCGGGAUAUCGAAGAGUACGCACGGGAGAUUUUUCCCGUGGAAGAGAGAGCAAACGGAUUAACUUGGAUGGACGAUGAAGAGACGGACACUGCAUCGGAAGCGCCGAUCCGGGACGUGGAAAACCACUUCCAGAUCAUGAAUCUGUGAGGCAUGAUACUUUUUAUGUGCAUUGCGUCGGCGUCCACUGUUACACGGUUGCGGGCACAUGGUUGGCAUGCGCCCUAAUGAUUAGAUACCUUGGUCUUUCAAGCGCUGGGCGUCAUGGCGGAUGGCAGUCAAAGAAAAGAAAAGAACAGGGGCAUCGGUAACUUAGGAAUCCAAAAAGUGGUUUUUGCAGC